GAGCUGUACUACCGAGUGUGUACCGUGACUGCAGCAGAAAUGUCAUUCGACCGAUGCAGCGAUCCCGGGCUAUAUUAACUCCGUUUUGAGCUCGUCCGCUUGACUCGUUUCGAACGUCACGAUUUUUUUACUUCAACUCCGUAAUACAGUGUAUGCGCGCACGUACGCACACACACAUGCGCCCCCCCCUCCCCGUCGACGUUCGAGCUGACGAAGGCCGCCUUUUCCUACUCGACUCAAGCGCGUUUACUUACUGCAUUUGCGCAUGUGUGGGAUUUCGAUUGCAUACGAAUGUUGUCAUUUUAAAAUUUCGCGUUGGGAUUCGUUGGGCACAUCGAUCGAUAUACCAUCGCGGCGACCUGCGAUAGCCGCGACGCGAGACAACUGGAGGAAGAUCGGCAAGAAAAAAACGUAGCCUCGGACGAUCAAUGUAUUAACGGUAUUUCGUUGCAUUGUUGUUGUGCGGUAUAUUAGUACCAGUAUUACCGGUGAGCCCGCAUUAAAAACUACGGAUGAAUGCCAGUCCUCUGCUGCUGCUACCAUACUAUAGACCGACUGAUUUUGGCUAUCUUACGUGCGCGGGCUCCGUUUGAAAAAAGGCCCCUCGAGCUCUAGCACUGCUCCGAAAAAUCGACAUCGUCCCCCCGACAUAUAACUGUGUUAUGCGCGCCGAGGUGCUUGCAGGAUGGCAGCCGAUCAAUUUCCAAAGGCCGAAGUUCGAUUUUACUUCGCUGCCUGGAUAGCGGCGGUGGUUUAUUCGGUUUACUGCGUUCAUCUGGUGACCGAGAGUUUCUUUAAGUACUACGACGACGCCUACAACGACUUUGCACCCGGCUGGAGACUUUUGCAACGCAAGCUGGACACGUCCGACGAGGAAUGGAAAGUUUGGAUUCCUUUGAUAUUCAAGCUCAUCCCCUGGGUCGUUGUGCAGAUCGUCGUCAGCCAGUUGAUCAAAAAAUAUCAUCCCAAUAAGAAAUUGAUAUGCGGAUGGUACAUGGCCGUGUCGCUGACCUACCUGUGGACGAAUUUCGGCCUGCUGAGCACGCUGUGCACCCUGCUGCUGCCCUGCCUGUCGUGUCUGCUGGCCUCGGUACGCAGCAAGUGGCUGUCGUGGUGCGCGCACUGCUGCACCCUCGGCCUCAUCUACUGGGCCAAAAUUUCCGACGUCGUGUUUCGCGAGUGGCUCGGCCUCGACGACGAGGCCUACUUCCUGCUGACCGCGGCGAUCUGCUGGAUACAGCUGCGCAGCAUCAGCUACGGCCUCGACUCCAUCGACGGCUUCGUCUACGAGGACCUGGACGGCUUCGUCCUCGAUCUCAUGAAGAAUGUCGCCUACUGCCUCUACCUGCCGACCCUCUUCCUGGGACCGAUCAUCCUGUACGAGCAGUUCGUCCGAGGGAUCGAAAAAACUUACCGCCCCUGGAGCCUGGACAGGACGAAAAAAAUCGCUCUGGACCUGGCGCGAUACUUCUUCUGGCUGUACGUCACGCAAUUCUGCCUGCACUACGUGUACUUCAACGCGCUGAGAUUUCAUCCGGACGUGGUGCGUCGACUCGGGCCCUGGGCGCUCUACGGGUUCGGCUACUGCCUGGGCCAGUACUUUCUCAACAAGUACGUGGUCGUGUACGGACUCGCGUCGACGGCUUGUCGCGCCGACGACGUCCUGGCCCCGGCCCAGCCCAAGUGCAUCGGCCGCAUACACCUCUACUCGGACAUGUGGAAACACUUCGACAGAGGCUUGUACACGUUUUUGCUCAAAUACAUCUACAUUCCGUGCAACGCCAGAUCGCAUCUUGGAAAGGUUCUGGCGACCGCCGUGAGCUUCGCGUUUAUCUAUCUGUGGCACGGCAUGCAUCUGUACAUUUUCAUAUGGUCGUUCUUGAACUUCCUGGGAUUGGUGAUAGAGAAUACCGCGAGAUCUUUCAGCGAUUAUUUUUACAAAGUUAUUCUGCGCGACAAAAUGGGUCCGAGCAAUAGGCGAAGAUUCGAAUGCGCCUUGUGCAGUCCGCUUUUGGCGUUUUCGGCAAUUUCCAAUUUUUACUUCUUCGCCGGCGACGAAAUCGGACACACGUAUGUCUGGCGCUUUUUUACAGAAUCGUGGUCGAUUAAUCUCUUGUUACUAUCGAUAUUGUAUUGCUGUUGUCAAACGUCGACUGAAAUCAAGCUCAAGGAGCGAGUGUGUUCAAUCAAGACCAAGGAUCAGUAUGAAGAAUGAAAAAUUUGUAUUUUUAGAUUUUCGAAAUUUAUAGAUAUAAGU